UGCAACGGUUCAAUAAAACAACACUUGAAUUUCUAAAAACCUUCACUAACCCUAAUGGCCGUCUCUAGCUGCGCAAGGGCAUUCUCGUCAUUCGAGUGUCGCUCCGAUCCCGAUUUCUCCCGGCCGGAGAUCCCCUCCGCCGGAUGCGGAUUCUCCGUCAAGGCUAAAUCGCCCGGUCCUCGAUGCUCGGUGGCGGCGCGCGGUUUGUCUUCGCUCAUUUUCAAGUUCCCCCCUAAUUUCGUCCGUCAGCUGAGCAACAAGGCGCGGAGGAACUGCAGCAACAUCGGUGUUGCUCAGGUGGUGGCGGCCUCGUGGUCGGAGAAUCAAGCCACGCCGGCUGCUAAGGCCGUCGACGCGGCGGUUGAGGCAGCUGAGGAGAUUAUUUGUAAUGCCGAUAAUGUACAGCUUAACGGUUCCCCUUAUUCCAAUUACGCUUCCUUUUUGAGCUCCGAUGGCAGCAUUGCAAUUCAUGCUGGUGAAAGAUUGGGUCGUGGCAUUGCUACUGAUGCAAUAACUACCCCUGUAGUUAAUACAUCGGCUUAUUUCUUCAAGAAAACUGCUGAUCUCAUUGAUUUCAAGGAAAAAAGACUUGCAAGUUUCGAAUACGGGCGCUAUGGAAACUACACUACUAUUGUGGCAGAGGAGAAGAUAAGUGCGCUGGAAGGGGCAGAAUCGACAAUUUUGAUGGCAUCUGGAAUGUGUGCAAGCACUGUCAUGUUAAUGGCACUGAUCCCUGCUGGAGGACAUCUAAUUACUACCACUGACUGCUAUAGAAAGACUCGGAUAUUUAUCGAGACAUUUCUUCCCAAAAUGGGAAUCACUGCAACUGUCAUUGAUCCUGCUGAUAUCGUAGGUCUUGAGUCAGCAUUGGAGAAGAAUAACGUGACACUUUUCUUCACGGAGUCUCCGACCAACCCUUUUCUGAGAUGUGUUGACAUCGAGCUUGUAUCUAAGCUCUGCCAUGACAAAGGAGCCUUGGUUUGCAUAGACGGCACAUUUGCAACUCCUCUCAACCAGAAGUCCCUCAAACUUGGUGCUGAUAUUGUACUACAUUCUGCAACUAAAUUCAUCGCUGGUCACAAUGAUGUUCUUGCAGGAUCUAUCAGUGGCUCUGAGAAGUUGAUUUCAACUGUUCGUGUAUUGCAUAAUAUUAUUGGUGGUGCUCUAAAUCCCAAUGCUGCAUAUCUGAUAAUCAGGGGCAUGAAGACACUGCAUCUUCGUAUACAGCAGCAAAACUCAACAGCACAGAGGAUGGCCGAGAUUUUAGAGGCACAUCCCAAGAUUACGCGUGUAUAUUAUCCAGGCUUGGUUAGUCAUCCAGAACAUAACCUUGCUAAGAGGCAAAUGAGUGGUUUUGGUGGUGUUGUAAGUUUUGAGGUUGAUGGAGACUUAUUGACCACUUCAAAAUUCAUUGAUGCUCUAAGAAUUCCGUAUAUAGCACCCUCGUUUGGAGGCUGCGAAAGCAUUGUCGAUCAACCGGCUAUAAUGUCUUAUUGGGAUCUUUCACAGAAAGAGAGGGCUAAGUAUGGAAUAAUGGACAACUUGGUUCGAUUCAGCUUUGGAGUUGAAGACUUUGAGGAUUUGAAAACGGACAUUCUUCAGGCUCUCGAGAAGAUAUAGCUCGUUUGCUGCUCAAGAGGUCGUGAUAUUUAAUCGGUUAAAGAUGGAGCUAAUGAUGGAUUUAAGUAUGGUUUAAACUAGUCACACUAACUCAAUAUUCAACAAUAUUUGAAGGAUUGUGAAUUUUGAUUAGCUUUUAGUUUUAUUUCGACCUAAAUUUCGUUGACUACGAUGGGCUUGUUCUAUUUAGGGAUGAUGCGUUUGCCGAAUACCAAUAAGCAAGAUACUAACUAAAGAUCCUUUCUUGCCCAGUUUGAGUGCAUUCGUUGAAAUUCAA